AUGUACGAGUAUGACGACCAGCAGAUAAAAGAGGAGGCGCUGCAGUCGAAGGCCGCGACGGUCAUUCAGCGGCGCUGGAAGGAAUACUGCGCACGACGUGAGGCGGAGGCGGCGGCGUUGACGACAUCAGACCGAGGCAAGUUAGUCGCCGUCGCUGCUGCCGCUGCCGCCGCGGCAGCCACCGCCGGGGAUGGUGCAGCCGCGGGAGGGGAAGAGGCGGGGGAGGAUCCGGCUGUUUAUUUGGAUGAGUACGUUCGCCUGGUCGAGAAGCGCAGGAACGUCAUUGGCCGGAGCCUCGCGUGCCAACGGCAGUUGGCGCGGUACUUCGCGGCGCAGCGGCAGCGGAAGGGCGAGGAGCGGCCGCAGCCGGUGUCGCCCGAGGCGGAGCAGCAGUACUGGGUAGCGGUGAGACAACUGCAAGAAGAGCGACGUGUGGUGCAGGACCGGAAGGAGGCAUCGGGGACGCUUCUCUCUGAAGUGAAGGCGCGCCACCAGAGCACCAUUGAGGAGGCACUUGCGCAGGAGGAGCAGUUCCGGCAGUACAUCCGGCAGCUUGCGGAGGAAUCCGUCUUUGUGCGCACACACCAGCGACUUACGGCGGAAGAGAUUGAUGCAUUCCUCAAAAAGGAGACGGAACAGCGGCACGAGGUGCGAAAUGCACGCAUCCGCCAUAUUCUUCUCUGCCACGAGCUGAAGAAGCUGCAGAAAACCGCCGAGCAGCGGGACCAGCAGCAGGACGGUAUGAACCUCAUUGACUUUGAGCAGCUCAAGAUUGAGAAUACGAACCUGAACGAGAAGAUUGAGGAACGUAACGAGGACCUGCUGAAGCUGCGGCGCAAAGUCACCACCACCAUUCAUGUACUUACACACGUGAAGGAGAAACUGGAGUUUAUGAAAAUUGAGAACGCCCAGCUGCGGCGGCAGGUCUCAAUGACGGAGGAUGAACUGAAUGAGCUCCGUGACAAGUUGGCACAGACGAAGCGGCGUCGCGACCACUUCAUCACCUCCAAUAUUAAAAUGCGGGAGAGUAUGCCGAUGGUAGGGUCGGAAAAACUCCUCGUAGACUACGAGAAGCGCAAGGCGGCGUGCAAUACGAUGCGACAGAAUGUGUUAGAUAACGCCGCAAAGCACAAGGAACUAUUGGCGGCCACCGACCGGAAUCAGGUGGUGCUGAACAGACUGCAGAAAUCACUGGCCAGCGGCAUCCCAGCGAAUGUGGGAGAAAAACCUUUUAAUAUGCUGGCGUCGUGA